GAGAUAAUGGCUCGUUUAAUUUCGGGAGUACGCACUUUGUUCCAUCGAUAUCCGUUCGUGACCAAUAGCGCCAUCUAUGGGAGUCUUUAUGUAGGCGCCGAGUAUUCCCAGCAAUUCGCAUCCAAGCGCUGGCUCUCCACGGCGAGCGAGCGCGAGGAUAUCGAUUAUGCAACAAUAGGAAGAUAUGCCGUGAUGGGCACUGCGGUAUAUGCCCCAACACUUUACCUUUGAAGCACCCACGCCACCAGAGCACCAAGCUUUUUCUCUUCAGUUGAUUGAGAGCGAAAAGCUAUCCAGAAAAGCACGCAACGCACUGAGAAAAUGGGGCAUAUUUGCACGACAUAAAAGUCAAAAUGCAACGUACAAAUGGUUAGAUCGCGCUUUUCCCGGCACCACUAAGGUUAUAAUAGUUAAAAAAUUAGUACUUGACCAGUUUGUACUAACGCCUUAUCUACUAACUGUGUUUUAUGCAGGCAUGUCCAUCAUGGAGGGCUCCGAGGAUAUUUUCCUGGAACUCCGCGAAAAGUUCGUGCCGACUUUUAUGCGCUCCUGUAUUUUCUGGUUGCCCGCCCAGGCCUUGAACUUCUCCCUGGUGGCACCUCGAUUCCGUGUCAUUUAUAUGGGUAUUUGUGGACUGAUUUGGGUGAAUAUUCUCUGCUGGACCAAGCGGCAGAGUCUGCCGGUGGCAACGAAAGAGAUUGCAACUGAUGCCAGCAACAGUGCAGCUGGCAUAAGGAAUUCCGAAACAUGAGAUUUUAAUAUACGCACCAUAACCAUGUAUAUAGUCCUAGAUAGUUUUCGACAAUGCAUUGCCAAAUAAAGGAGAAGCCAGCAGUA